AUGGCGCUCCUCCUCCUCCACCUUCCCACGCUGGCCCUCAACGCCGGCGCCACCCUCGUCUACCCGCUCUACUCGUCCUACAAAGCCGUCACCUCGCCCACCACCUCUCUGGCCGAGAUGGAGGUCUGGCUCGUUUACUGGUCCGUCUUCGCCUGCUUCUCCCUGCUCGAGACGCUCUUCGGUUUCCUCUGGUCCUGGGUGCCGUUCUACUACGAGCUGCGGUUGAUGUUCAACAUCUGGUUGGUGGCGCCGCAGACACGGGGGGCUACGUGGGUGUACGUCCACCAUCUGCACCCUUUCCUGGCGGGCAACCAGAGUGCGAUCGAUGGGUGGGUGGACGAGGUGAAGCACCGGGCCAAGGGAAGGGUGGACGGUGUACUCGGCGGACUCUGGAGUGCUUCUCUCGCCUCGGCGGAGGGUGCGGCGCCGAGUGGAGCUGGUGGGAAGGAAGCGAGACACCGACCACCGGUGGGCAACGCACCACCGCCGCCGACACAACAUAAUCCAGCUCAAGCACCACUCUCCCUCGUCGGGAACCUGAUGAAGACCUAUGCACCCGUUGCGAUCGCUUCAGCAAAGACUUUCCUGGAUAGCAAAGCGCCACCUCCGAACACAACCGCAUAUUCCAUCCCCUCCUCCUCCAAGGGCGGAGAUGCACAAGCCCGGCGUCGACAACUCGAGGCGCAACUCGCCGCACUCGAUGCAGGAAUCGGUUCAAGUCCCAGCAGCGAGAGUGUCUCCUCCGAGGACGGAGGCGUCCCGGUCACCAUGAUCAAUCCCAAAAAGCGCAGUCCGAGAAACAGCUUUGGCGGCGGCGGCGAUGGCAAGGGCAGUCUCAGGAGUCGCAUUGUCAGUUCGGGAAGCGGCAGGACGGUCAAGGCUGCUAUGGGCGAGAGCUACGAUUUGCUGGAUCAGAACGAUUUGGGUCCUGUGCAGAAGAAAGGGUGGUUCGGGUCCAACUAG